CCAUAGCCCCGCCCCGUUCUCCCGGGCUGGGCGGGGCAGGGCCCGGCGUCCAGCGACCGCUGGCUGGAGAGCCAGUGACUUCCUUGUUGGUAGUCUCGGCCAGGCUGUGUCCAGAGUCGUAGCCCCUCGGUGCUUACUCGGACCGCUACUGAGAGUCUAGGUCCAAGCCACUACCAUGCCCAACCCCAGCAAUACCUCCUCUCCCGGCCCUCUCCCUGAGGAAAUUAGGAACCUGUUGGCAGAUGUUGAAACAUUUGUGGCUGACACACUGAAAGGAGAAAAUUUAUCCAAGAAAGCAAAGGAAAAGAGAGAAUCUCUCAUUAAGAAGAUAAAAGAUGUAAAGUCUGUCUAUCUUCAGGAAUUUCAAGACAAAGGUGAUGCGGAGGAGGGGGAUGAAUAUGAUGAUCCUUUUGCUGGGCCUCCAGAUGCGAUUUCCUUAGCUUCAGAGCGCUAUGAUAAAGAUGAUGAUGGCCCCUCUGAUGGAAACCAGUUUCCUCCCAUUGCAGCCCAGGACCUUCCUUUUGUCAUAAAGGCUGGUUACCUGGAAAAACGCAGAAAAGAUCACAGCUUUCUGGGGUUUGAAUGGCAGAAACGGUGGUGUGCACUCAGCAAAACAGUGUUCUAUUAUUACGGGAGUGAUAAAGACAAACAACAGAAAGGUGAAUUUGCAAUAGACGGCUAUGACGUCAGAAUGAACAACACCCUUAGGAAGGAUGGAAAGAAAGACUGUUGUUUUGAAAUCUGUGCUCCUGAUAAACGUAUCUACCAGUUUACAGCAGCCUCUCCCAAAGAUGCUGAGGAAUGGGUCCAGCAGCUGAAAUUUAUCUUACAAGACAUGGGAUCCGACGUUAUUCCCGAGGAUGAUGACGAAAGAGGAGAAUUAUAUGAUGACGUUGAUCAUCCUGUUCCGGUCAGCAGCCCACAAAGGAGCCAACCAAUAGAUGAUGAAAUUUAUGAGGAACUUCCAGAGGAGGAAGAGGACCCUACGUCAGUGAAGAUGGAGGAGCCAGGGAAGGGGAGUCUGGACAGUGUGCAGCACACCUCAGGAGAUAAAAGCACUGACUAUGCUAAUUUUUACCAGGGUUUGUGGGACUGUACUGGAGCUCUUUCUGAUGAGUUAUCCUUUAAGCGUGGUGAUGUGAUUUACAUUCUUAGCAAGGAAUACAAUAGAUAUGGCUGGUGGGUAGGAGAAAUGAAGGGAGCCAUUGGCUUGGUGCCUAAAGCCUACCUAAUGGAGAUGUAUGAUAUUUGAGAGUCUGGGAUAAAUAAAUCAACAUUUCUACUGAAGAAGAAAAAAUUUCUCUUUUUGCCUGCAGAGAAGUCUUCUGUCCAUCUGCAAGUGCCUCAGAACACGGUACACCUGAAUGCCUGCUCGGAGCCAUAUCAGGUGGAUAAACAUUCCUGCCUCAGCUGUCAUUCUGUGUAGUCACUCACUAAAGCACUCUGAUGUCAGAUUAACAAGCAGUGAUGGGUUCCAUUAGACACAAGCAGUAGAAAUAAGACCUGUUACUGUUUUGCAAAUAAUAAUUAGUUUUAAUUUACCCAAUCGGUUUAUAUGUGAAAAUUCAUUGUGAUUGUAUGUGAAUCUUAGUCAUUGAAGCUACCAGUGAGGGUUGCUAUUUCUCUUAGUCGCUGAGUAUGUUAUUUUUAGAGUGCUGCAUAUAAUUUCCUAGACUUUGUACAUUUUGAGUCAAUAAUAAAGACUUCUUUAAAGCUGUA